AUGAAGGCAAUAGUGUUGACCUUACUCGUCGCUCUUUCUUUUGCGCAUCAAUUUAGAGGUGGCAUGGAACCGUUCCAGAGACGUAUAGGAAACGGCCAAUAUUUCUCUCAAAAAAUGAUACCGAGAGACUCAAAUGAGUUCAGAGAGUUCAGAAACCAACGUUUCCAUCACCAACAUAACCACCACCAAAUUGAACGUAACCAACCAGCACCACUCCCGUACUUCCCACCAACCGCUCAUACACAAACAAAUACCACAACUGCCCAUCACAUCGAAGAAGAAUCAAAUUAUUUGUAUGACUACAUCAAUUGUGAAGAGUUCGAUGGAUGUGUUGGAUGCUUACUCACUUUUGGAAAGUGUGCCUAUGAUAAUAGAAAGCAUAAGUGUGCAAACAGAAACACUACUCUCCCAGUUCAAGAUAUUUAUGAGACUUGCCCAGCUGACGAGGUCGCUUAUUUCGAGCAACAGAUGUAUGGCGCGACAUUGGUUGUUGUAUGUUUAUUGCUCAUGUGUUGUGUCGUGUGUGUUAAGUGCUGUUGCUGCCACACCACCAAGAGACGUCAUAUGAGAAGAGUUUAUCGACGUGUCGUCCCACAAACGUACAACUGUCAGCCCGUCUUAGUUGCUCCCGUUCAGAUCCCAAUGAACUAUCCACCACCACCAGCUAAUGUCAACUUCGUCCAACCAGUUUAUGGUGUGAGACCUUACUAA